AGGGUGGGCACGGCCUGCCCCUCAAAGACCUGGCCUUAUCGGGAGGGCGGCCAGAAAGAGAGGGAGCAGACAGUUAAGAGAAAGAGAGGGGGUGGGUGGCAAAGCCGGUGGAGGAAGAGAGAGGAAGAAUUUCCUUGAUCCAGCAAAGGAAUGGAAUUGGGGACCCCCUGAGGAAAGAGGAGGGGAAACAGCAGGACAUCACAAAGAAUGAGAAGUCUGAUUGGACCCACGCCUGCCUGCCUGCUUGUCCUCCUGCCCAGCGUCUGCCCCACAGCAGCCACCCUUUCCAUCAGAGUCCCUCUGUCUGUACGCUGUAGGGCCUCCAUUUGGAACCAAAGGGCAUCUAAAGGGCCCCUCAUGAGGCUCUCCACGUUGUUCCUGAGCCUGCUGGCCUUGGUGCUGCAGGAGGCAGGGCCGGCUUCUCUCCCAGAGAAGGAACAGAGGAGGAGAGAGGAGCAGAGCCACUAUGGGGAAAGCGAUCCUUACUCGGAGCUGCAUGUGGGGAGCUACAUGGUGAGCCCGGAUGACUACAGUGAGGUCAUUGACCUCAGCAGCUAUGAGGAGCUGGCUGACUACGGGGACCAGCUGGCUGAGGUUAAGGUAACCAGCCUGGCUCCUCCAACCAGGAUCAGUCCCACCCAGAGCAAGGUGACUCCAGGGACACCCUUGUCAAACCCCACGAUGACCAAGCCUACUCUGCCAGGCCCACUGGGCUCCCCAGCCAGCCAUGGCCUGCCCACCUGCCUGGUCUGUGUGUGCCUUGGAUCUUCUGUGUACUGUGAUGACAUUGACCUAGAGAACAUUCCUCCUCUUCCCCGGAUGACCACCUAUCUGUACGCCCGCUUCAACCGCAUCAGCCGCAUCAGGACCAGAGACUUCAAAGGGCUGACAAAACUGAAAAGGAUUGACCUCACCAGCAACUUCAUCUCCUCCAUUGACAAUGACGCCCUCCGCUUGCUGCCUGCCCUGCAGGAUCUGAUCCUUCCAGAGAACCAGUUGGUGGCUUUGCCCCUGCUGCCCAGUGGCAUCGAGUUCCUGGAUGUCCGCUUGAAUCGGCUCCGGAGCUCGGGGAUACAGCGGGAGGCCUUUAGGGCACUGGAGAAGCUGCAGUUUCUCUACCUGGCAGACAACCAGCUGGACUCUAUCCCCUGGCCUUUGCCUCUGAGCCUGCGCUCACUCCACCUGCAGAAUAACAUGAUAAAGACCAUGCAGACAGACGCCUUCUGUGACCCUGUGGAGCACAGACACACCCGCAGGCCACUGGAAGACAUUCGGCUGGACGGGAACCCCAUCAACCUGAGCCUGUUCCCCAGCGCCUACUUCUGCCUGCCUCGGCUCCCCAUAGGCCGCUUCACCUAGUCUGUCCCUCCCUCUCUUCCAAGUUAGGAGCCCUUGGAGGCACCCAAGGCCACAUAGAAAAUCACCUGUCUAAACAGGGGUCUUUAGCCCAAGCAUUAGAGAGCCUCAUGCUCCAGUUGCAAAAAUCACCACCUUACUCCCCACCCCACCCCCCACGCGCGCUUGCACGCACACACACACUCACACACACAUCAGUGUCCUUCAGUAGCCAAAUUUGCAUUUCUCCCUCCUCUUUCUUUAACACCUUAUGGCUGCUGGCUCAGAGAACUGCAGUGUCUGCACAGAGAUCUUCUCCAUGUUCCCCAUCCCUCCCAUCCACACCGAAUGCCAGGAAACCCAUGAAAGAGGAGGAGGAGACAGAGGAGUUCAGCGAAAUGCAGCAGAGGAUGGAGGGGGAAGAAGAGAGAGGGGGGAAGCAGUCUUGUGCUGGAACCACUCACUAACGAGAAGGCUUGCAAGAUUGAAUUUUCCAGAAUUUUGCAAACCAGUUAUUAAACACAGUCAUUAUGAAAAAUUAUAUUAUAUAACCUCACAAUUAAAUGUAUCACAUCAAAAUACAUAAAUGUAGUAAAUAUUCAAAACUCA